CCACAAAACGAUUUGCAUUUACAUAUUUCGUUGUCGAUUUUCGACUUCAAUACGCCGCGAACGAAUUCCCAAGCGGAAGUGUGCAUUCGAAUACACCCACACGCCAAGUGAAUUGCUGCCUGCUGCCUGCUUCUGCUGCACCCUUUCGCCCCAUUCAGUUCGUACGCUCGUUCGUUCAUCGUAGAGCUAGCUAGCUUGCGCGCGACUUGUUUAGCAGCAGUGUGCUGUCUGUGGUCGACCCAGCGACCCAGUAGAGCAACAGCAGUCGUAUUUCCGUGUGGCGUUGGUCAACACAAACUAUUAAAAUCGUGCACGCGCGUCUGGUGGUUCAAAAUGAAAAUGCUUCCCGUACAGCUGUCGUUGAAUCCGCCGCUCGGCCUCUGGAGUGAUAUGUUGUGGCGUUGCCCACCGGCGCCCUCAAGCCAAUUGGCCGAAUUGAAGACACAACUACCGCCAUCAUUGCCAUCCGAUCCACGUUUGUGGGGUCGUGAAGAUGUCACAGUGUUUUUGCGUUUCUGCGAGCGCGAAUUCGACUUGCCCAAAGUGGAUCAUGAUCUCUUCCAAAUGAACGGCAAAGCGCUUUGUCUACUCACACGCGCCGACUUCGGUCACCGUUGUCCGGGCGCAGGCGAUGUGCUGCACAACGUACUGCAAAUGCUCAUCAUCGAGUCGCACAUGAUGCAAUGGCACUUGCCUAACAGUCCCGUCACACCUACCAGCCGCUACCCGCUCUCGCCGCAUAGCCAUCCGCCGACGCCAACUUGGCCGCCCAUCGGCGCGCCGCCAGACAGUCCCUUCCAUAAUGCGCACAUGCAUCACUUCAUGGCGCCCAAUUCGGUCACACUCAGCCCGCCACCAUCGGUGGAUUCGCAAGCCAGCAGCCCGCCACAGAGUCAAGAACAAAAUUUGGCUGCAGCAGCAGCAGCUGCCGCCGCGUCCGCCGCUGUCGCUUCUUCGUCUUCGGUGAGCACAAGCAACAGCAGCAGUAGUAGCACCAGCAGUGGAAGCAGCAAUAGUGGCGCUGGUGGGUUGGGUGCCAGCAAUAGCAACGCUAUGAGCGUAAGCGGCAACCUUGUGCCACCCGCCAUCUCGGUGACCAUGAGCGCUGGCAACGACUACUCUGCGCACCAUGCGACGACGGCCAGUACUGGCGCUAGCAGCAAUCAGUCCGAUUCCGAUGAAGAGGGCAGUUAUGCAGACUUGGCAGCGGCCAAUAGCUUGGCUAAGAGUGGCGCCGCAGCAGCCGUGGUGGCCGCGCACUAUGGCGCCAGUCCGCCGACCACACCCAUUCUAAAGGACAUGCCGCAGAGUUUGUCGCAGCAGAUUACCAACAGCUUUGUGAACUCGUGGUCGCAGAGCCAAGCAGCGCAGGUGGCCAUGGGACAGAAGUAUCAGCCGAAUGGGGGCGCUGGCGGUUCGGUCUCGGCGCCGACGACGCCCAGCUAUAUGCAGCCUGUGAAGCGUGAAUUCUUUCCGGAAACAACGGAACCAAAUACAAAUGGUCGCUUGCUGUGGGACUUCUUGCAGCAAUUGCUCAACGAUCGCAAUCAGAAGUACAGCGACUUGAUCGCGUGGAAGUGUCGCGACACUGGCGUCUUCAAAAUCGUCGAUCCUGCCGGUUUGGCCAAACUUUGGGGCAUACAAAAGAAUCAUCUCUCGAUGAACUACGAUAAAAUGUCGCGCGCGCUGCGCUACUACUACCGCGUCAACAUAUUACGCAAAGUGCAGGGUGAGCGUCACUGCUAUCAAUUCCUGCGCAAUCCAACCGAGUUGAAAAAUAUUAAGAAUAUAUCGCUGCUGCGCCAAACCGUUGCUGGCAAUGGCGGCCCGACAGCAGCAGGCGGCGCUAAUGGCAGCAAUGGCGCUGGUAACGUGUCUGCGAACAACAACAACAACAGCAAUAACAACAAUAAUGCCAACCAUACCAACAAUCAUAGCAAUCCGCCUCCCAGUACAAAUUUGAGCAGCACAAAUUGGACAUUACCGCAUCAGCAAUCACCACAACGACUUACAGCAGCGUCGCAUGGCAACAACGGCAGCGGUAACCUGAACGGCAACAACCACAGCCACAACCACAACCUUAGCCUUAGCCACCCGCACAGUAAUGGUGGUGGUGGUGUCGCCAAUCAGCAUAUGAGUCUUCCAGCGGCGGUAGCUGCUGCGGCUGCCGCUGCUUAUGGGCCACCACCCACAUCGCCGCUCUUCAUGCACGCCAUAAAUGGGGCCUUCCAAUACUUGUCGAAUACGGCGGGCGCACCACCCAAUUCGCCUGCAAUGCUACACGCGCCCAGCGAGAAAUUUCAAUUUGGCGUAGUCAAGGUGGAACACAACAGCAGCGAGUCGCGCUCACCGGAUCACAGCGAUGAGCUAAAGCCAACCGAUCUGAGUGUGGCGGGUAGCAGUAGCGAAAAGCCUUAUUCAAGUCCAUCGGCAGAGGAUUGUUAUCCACUUAUCCGCAAUGCUGACGGACUAACCACAAUCAAAUUGAUACGCUACAAUAAUGAUAAUGAAACGCAUGCAGCCAAGCAGUCAACGCAUGAGCAAUUGCAACAGCAACAACAACAACAACAACAGCUACAGCAGCAAGCCAAUAGCGCUUCAGAUUGCAACAACAGUGUUGAGCAGCAGCAACAGCAGCAGCAGCAGCAACAUACGCCUAUGGACCAUACGGAUAAUGAGUGUCAUGAGGAUGAGUCCGCCGCUAGCGCCGCGGCCGCUGCUGCGGGCGGCAGUCUAAUGCCAACCGAUCUGCGCAAAUAAGGAGUGAGCUGAAGUAGCUAACAGUAUACGACAAUAUUACUAAGUAAGACGAUGGUGAGCCAGGUGUAAGAGAAGUAUAUGAGUUACUGAAAACGCAGGACAAUCAAAGGAUAAUAGCAAGACGAAGGAAGAGUAGGAUCUGAGACGUGAAAUAUUAAGGCAAAAAGAAGGCCGCUGCGCGAAAUGUUUGCAGUGCCUAUUAAAAACUGUGACGGUCUUUACAGAAGAAUACUUCAGUUUAGCUACUUUUUCUUGCAACAGUGCCAAAUCUAGGCUCAAGCAUUGUCAGAGCGAGCGAGAGAGAGGGAAACACAAUUCAGUUAAAAUUGCUUUACGAUAUGUAAGCAGUAAGUGAACGCAAACAUGGCUGAGAGAAAAGAGCAUUCGUUGCACUUAAAGAAAUUUGACAUGGACAGUUUCUUGAAGUUGAGGAAAAUGUUCGAAAAAUAAAUUAAAUCAAAAAUAGUGAUUUCAAGUGUGCAAGCACACCGGCAAAUAAUAACUGCAUACAGAUAUAGGUAUGUUGCAUACAUAAAUACAUGCAGCUUAAAUAUGUAUGUAGCGGUAAAUGUGUGAAAUUAUAAGGAUUAAUAGUAUAUAUGCACAUGGAUACACACAAACGUUUGUAUAGAUUGUAUAUUAACAUACAAUACAUAUAGUGAAUACAUAUAAAUAUAUCUAUAUACAUAAAGUAAAAU